AUGGAGAACUCAGAGAAGACGGAAGUAGUUCUCCUUGCUUGUGGGUCCUUUAAUCCUAUCACCAACAUGCACCUCAGGCUGUUUGAGCUGGCCAAGGACUACAUGAAUGGAACAGGAAAAUAUAAAGUUAUCAAAGGCAUAAUUUCUCCAGUCGGCGAUGCAUAUAAGAAGAAAGGACUCAUCUCUGCCCAUCACCGAGUUAUCAUGGCAGAACUUGCCACCAAGAACUCAAAAUGGGUAGAAGUUGACACAUGGGAAAGUCUUCAGAAAGAGUGGACAGAGACAGCCAAGGUGCUAAGACACCAUCAAGAGAAGCUGGAGGCCAGUAUCUGUGAUCUCCAGCAGAACUCACCUGUGCUGCAAAAGCCUGGACGGAAGAGAAAGUGGGCUGAACAAAAACAAGAUUUUAGUGAAAAGAAAUCCCUAGAGCAAACAAAAACGAAAGGUGUGCCAAAGGUGAAGCUGCUGUGCGGAGCAGAUUUUUUGGAGUCCUUUGGUGUGCCCAAUCUAUGGAAGAGUGAGGAUAUCACCAAAAUCCUGGGAGACUAUGGACUCAUAUGUAUUACUCGGGCUGGGAAUGAUGCUCAGAAGUUCAUCUACGAAUCCGAUGUGCUGUGGAAACACCAGAACAACAUUCACCUGGUGAACGAAUGGAUCACCAAUGACAUCUCCUCCACGAAGAUCCGGCGAGCCCUUAGAAGGGGCCAGAGCAUUCGCUACUUGGUACCCGAUCUUGUCCAAGAAUAUAUUGAAAAGCAUAAUCUGUAUAGCUCUGAGAGUGAGGAGAGGAAUGUUGGAGUGGUCCUGGCUCCUUUGCAGAGAAACACUACAGAAGUUAAGGCAUAA